AUGGGAGAUAGACGGUGGCUAACAACGCGAUUUACAGAUGUCAAAGGCGGCAAAGGCCCAGCGUCAGCACUGUUCAUCAAUGAUGCUAUCGAAAAGCCGAUCGCCAAGCCUGAAGAGGUGGUCGUCAAGGUGAAGGCAUUCGGCCUAAAUCGAGCAGACACUUUGCAGCGACAAGGCAUGUACCCCGUACCGCCUGGAGUGACAAAGAUCAUGGGACUCGAAUUCGCAGGUACUGUGGAUGAAGUCGGCAAUGAGCCUUCUGAUUCUGGCGGCGAGCACUACAGGAAAGGCGAUGAAGUCUUUGGCCUCACUUAUGGAGGAGGAUAUGCUGAGUACGUUGCCGUGCGCAAGAAUAUGCUUCUAAGAAAGCCAAAGGAGCUGAGCUGGGAGGAGUGUGCCGCAGUGCCAGAAGUGUGGAUGACGGCGUUGCAAGCAAUUCAUUUGGUAGGUGAAUGGUCACCGGAAAAGGGCAAGAGCAUUCUCUGGCACGCUGGAGCGUCUUCCGUCAGCAUUGCUGGCAUACAGCUUUCUCGCAACCUCUCGCCGGCCCCCAAAGUGUUUGCGACCACUCGUCAAGACACCAAAUGUGACUUUGUGGUCAACAAAGUGGGCGCAACUGCAGCAGUCAAUUCCACCAAGUCAUAUCCAAAAGCAGAUGGGUCGCCAGGAGGCACUUGGGCAGAUGAGGUCAAGAGAGCCAAUGAGGGCCAAGGGGUCGAUCUGGUCAUUGAUUACGUGGGUGCUCCAUACUUCGCAGAUAAUCUCGCUGUCUUGGCUAGGGAUGGGCGGGUCGUACAGCUUGGCGUGAUGGGCGGCACGGUGUUGCCAGAGAAGACGGACAUCUCAGCGUUCCUCAUGAAGAGGGCGAGCUUCGUCGGCUCAACAUUGAGAAGUAGAGACCCGGACUAUCAAGGGAAGUUGAGAGAUCUCUUUGCUGAGCAGGUGUUGCCGAAAUUGAUCUCCGGAGAGUACGCGCCGUGGAUUGAGAAGGCAAUGAGUUGGAAGGAGAUCGAGCAGGCACACAGAUUGCUCGAGGAGAACAAAACUACUGGCAAGGUGGUGUGUGUUGUAGACUAG